ACAUUGACCACCACCAAUCUUUUCAGAAAUAAUUGAUGGACUUUGAUCUAACUUGUUGCUGAGAAUUAUGACCUGUGAUACAUCUGCACACGAUGAGGGUCAAUUUGGAAAGGUUUGCAAGGGUAAGGAGACUGAUUUAAGCCUGGUUUUGUUGACUUCUCUCACUACUAUCAAGCUAGGGGAUAUCUUGUGCUUUAAAAUUAAAACCAAGGAACCCAUCUGCUCAAUGGUUGAAGAAAACAUGAAGUUCACUAUCAGGAAAAAGUUGGGAAAAGAUCAGGUUUCCCACUCUAUAUUACAGUUAAGUUUAAGUGCUGACAAGCUAACCAUGAAGCUGGAGAUCCUCCUGGAUGAGUUCACCAUCUACACUGUCACUGUGCUCCUCUUCGGGAAGAAUAUUAGAGGAAGUCCACUAAUCAUUCCUGCCAAAGGGUCACGGAUAAGCGUUCCCAUUCCGAUUAAACCCGAUGUUCCUAUCCUUGUUGAAGAGAAAGUAAACAGGAAACCGAGUCCAGCGGUGGAGGUUCGUCUAGACACACAAAAUUCUCUUGAUCUUGUUAUUCCAGUUACCAAAGAAGGAGGAGAGACUGCUUUCAUGAGUCCAGUGAAGUCUACAGGAUACAUGGAAGGAAUGAAGAAGAAGACGCUGAGGAGACCUCUCUCUAGUAUCACGAACACAUCAUCUGAGCAAAAUAUCGAGGAUCUGGAUAAACUCUUGAAUAAGAUGACCUUCGAAGAUCAAACUUGUCCCACCAAGAGAGAAGAACUAAACCCUAAGAUUAUGGAAGAAGUCUUAGCUCAGCCCAUAGUUAAGAUCUGUAGAGAUCCUGAAACCAAAGAGAAGAUCUUCAUAGUAACAGAAUCUGAGUUACGUGAUAAAGUAUUGUUUCCAGUUUCAACUAGAGGUUCUACUCAGUACACAUCUCCAGAGAUGCAGUUGUCAUUCAUUGGGCUUUUGAGAGGCAACAAGCCGAGUUUGAAGGCUAGCUCUGUACUGGAGAACAAUAUUGUGAAAAGGUGUAUUGGAGUGUGUGAGCUGAUGGACAACACCAUUGUAUGCGCUGAGACGAUGGAGAAACCGUACAAGGUUCACAUGUUCAACAUGGAGAACAAGCUCAGGAUGGAGGUUCAACCACAGUUUCCGUUUCUCAAGCCCUCCGCCUGCUUGUCUUUAAGUAAUGGUGGUUUUGCAAUUCUCGAUGAUUUGAGGGUGCAGGGUUUCUACAUGAACGGGGAAAUAUCUGGGUACUUUGAUUUAUCUCCAGAUUCGAGGUAUUACGGUUUGGGAGAAGAUAGAGUAGGUCGGAUAGUCAUCAUUCAAGAAACCCGAGAUAUUAUAGGUCGAGGGAUAUUUGAAACCUGUCUUGUCUGUGUCAACACUGGAACUGGAUUAAUAGAGAGAAGAAUACACCUGUACCUGGCUCGACAAGAUAUUGGUAACUCGAAGUGUAGAUUCCUCUCCAGUAGGAAUGGCAGGUUCUACGUAACUGAUUUAGGACUAAACAGGGUCUACAUCAUUGAGGAGAUAAGUGAGCGUAUGUAUUGUGUGGGUAAACCAGGACCUAGAGAUGAUUGUUUCAAUGAUCCUGCAGGAACUGCUGUCGAUGAUUUCGGGAACUUUAUUGUUGCUGACAGCAAGAACCACAAGCUAGCUCUGUAUACUAAUGAGCUGAAGUUUGUUUGUAAGCUGGAACUCUCUCCUCCAACUAAGCGUCCUAGUGGUAUCUGUUUAUCCAGUGAUGGACGUGCGCUGUUGGUGCUUAAUCUUUGGGGUUCAGUAACACUGGCCAGAUAUCAGCUCAGAUAGAAACAGUCUUGAUUAUGUUUCAGUUUGCUGUACGGUGUAUUGAAGCUACUUAGCUAGUCAACAACGUGAUGGCACUAUAUGUCCAAAUUACUUGGAUAUGUAAUUGUAAAACUGACAAUAAGAUGUGUUUUUUUGUUUGCAUUUUAAACUAGAUGCUAUAAUUGUAGAUCGUGUUUCGGAAUAUUUGUUAUCUCGGAAAUAUUCAAAACAUAUUUUCUUGGAUUGCAGAAUUUUGUAUCUAAAUUAGUAAAUUAGUCUCUGUUGAGUCCAUUUUUAGAGAUGUGCACAAUAUUUGCUUAUCGUGCUGUAAUGUACAAAAUUCUCGUCAUGUACGCAGAAAUAAGUUGAAAAAUGUUUUUUUUCAGAAA